AUGUCCGCAGUGCAGGCGAGCCACAGCCUACACACCAGCAUGAUCCGCAUCAGCACACAGUGGAUGACAGCCUGCUCUGUGAUCACCCACUUCUCCAUUGACCAGCUGCCAGUGUUUAGCUGGACAGAGGAGAGCAUCCAGCUGCAAUCGAGCUGCUUUGGAGAGGACAACUGUGCCGAGACCGUGCAGACCUUCACCUACCCCUGGCCACAGCAGGCAUCGACAGUGCAGGGUUUAGGGUUUAGGGUUUAG